UACUACGAUGACACGUACCCCAGCGUCAAGGAGCAGAAAACCUUCGAGAAGAACAUCUUCAACAAGACCCACCGCACCGACAGCGAGAUCGCGCUGCUGGAGGGACUCACCGUCGUCUACAAGAGCAGCAUCGAUCUCUACUUCUACGUCAUCGGCAGCUCC